CAUGCAUAAGAAAAAUAAAUUUAAAAGUAAUAACAAAAGCAAAGACUAAAAUUUUCAAAAAUGGAGUUGCUUUUGUUCGGCUGCAUGAGCAAAAACUUUUCUAAAGGCCACCGUUAAUUGCCCUUAAUGGCAAGUUGCAAAAGGCAAAAGAGAAAGUCGUACAGAUAUGAAUUAUGAAGAAAAACAGAGAAAGAAAUAAGCAACAAUGUACCAACAAAUUACAAGUACAUUUUUUCAUAAGUCUGCUUACAAAAGAAGUAUUACCAUAAACUUCGGAGGGAUGCAUUAAUUUUAUUAAAUGUUGGAUUGUUUUGAAAAUAGCAUAAGUAUCUAAUAAAAACAGUUUUUGAGAAUGUUUACUUGCAGGUUAUGUUUACAUAAUAAACUUGAAAAACAGGAAAUUGUAUCUAUACGGUCUGACAACAUACAAUUACUUAAAAGAAUUAAGGAUUGUGUUUCCCUUGAUAUAAAGGAAAAUGCUGCACUCCCUGGAUUUGUCUGUCUCCUGUGUAUCCAGAAAAUCACUGACUGGGAAAACUUUAAACAUAUUUGUCAACAAUCAAACGCAAUUCUUUUAGAAAAAUUACAUGAUAGUAAAGAUGUUUUAUAUAAUAAUCCCUAUCUAGAUAAUGAAAAAAAACUGAGUAUUUCUGAAGAUGUGAAAAAUGAAAAUACAUAUGAAGAGCAGUUUUUUGAAAAUGAUUUAGAACAACCGAAAUUAUUAUCAAGUGGAGAUUAUUAUGUGUGUGACAUAUGCUGUGAAGAAUUCGACAACUGUUUUGACUACCUAGACCAUCAAGAAAGACAUAAUGGAGAGCCUGUGUUUAGAUGUGAUAUAUGUUUUGAAGUUUUUAGUUUUAGAAAAGACUUGGUAUUCCAUGACCAAAAUCAUAAGACACGUUGUCCAUAUUGUUCUAAAGAUAUUAUCAAAUCUGGGAUGAAAUUACACUUAAUAAUUCAUACUGAUAGAUUUAAAUGUGAUAAAUGUGGGGGUAGAUUCAAUAGCCGUUGCAACCUGGACAUUCAUAUGAUAAAGGUCCAUACUAAUAUCAAAACCCAUGUAUGUGACACCUGCGGAAAAUGCUUUUCCUGUCAAUCAUCCCUUAAAGUCCAUCUGCGCACACAUAGUGAAAAACGACUUUAUAGAUGCACUGAAUGUGACUAUAUGGGUCGCACUGCGGCUGCGCUGUACGCGCAUAAGACGACUCAUUCAUAUGACCUUAGGGUAUGUCAACAUUGCCCAAAGACAUUCAAAAGUGGCCGGAAUUUAAAGGACCAUUUGCGACGCGUACAUUCCAAGGAAAAAAAACACCGAUGUCCAAAAUGUAACAAAACAUUCGUUGACAAGUAUAUGUUAUCGAUACAUCAAAGAUGGCACACAGGCGAUCGACGUUACAAAUGUAAUAUAUGCUCUAAAGCUUUCAUAAGAUCCGAUGGUUUAAAUAAUCAUAUGGACACUCAUGAAUUCCAUGCGAAAUAUGAUUGUCAAAGAUGCGGAAAGAAAUUUAAAAUGAAGAGGAGUGUGGUGAGACAUACAUGCACGGCAAACAGUAUCUCUAAUGAAUGAAUUGUUAUAUAAUAUUACUUACUAUUUUAAUAAAGAAUACUUUCUUAAGUAACACUA